AUGCUGGAAUCCGAGAAACCGAAUACCGGAAAGAACAAGGAAGAGAAGACGAUUAACGAGACUAGGAAAUCUGUGGAGGUAUUGGAUGCCGCUAAUCUACUUAGUACUAAUUUUUGGCUUGACGUUUAA